AGGAACAGUUCUCAGCCCAAGCAAGUAUGAUGAAGGUGACAGAGAGCCUGGUACUCCCAGGCUUUAAGUGAGUCAGAACACGAUUUAAAGUGUUUGGGUAAGGAAAAGAGGUGUGCUGAUUCUCUCUAGGAAUCUAAAGAUGUAAGGAGCUGGUACCUGCUCACCUUUGAACCAGCAGGUUUCUGGAUGGUGGAUUCCCCAACCUCCCCUUUCUUGAGGUUUCUACUGCACUGUUGUUCUCUGCUUCAUUUUGUGAUUAACUGAAAGAAAAGGAAGUGGAGAGGAAUAAAAUCCCCCCUGGUAGAGCUCCGGUGCUGAGAAACGGUGAUGCAAACAGUCUCUCCUCCAGUUGCAUCAGGACUUCACCACGUAAAGUCCUUUCGAGUUUGGAAAAGAAAUGCCUAAAAGAGCCACAACAGGCUACCAAAAAUUGCAUCCGCUUGUGCCUGUGAGUUUUCUGGCCGCAUCGAGACGCUGAACAACACUGUGCUGAAAUGCUGAGGAGCUUUGGGAGCUCUUGGAUUGGUGUGGUUGUCGGCAUUUCCCUCCUUGUACUCUUGCUGGCCUGUGGAAUUGGAUGUGUUUGGCACUGGAAGCGCCAGGAAGCCACAACAUUUACCUUACCGAAGUUUAUGCAAAGGAGAAGUAGCAGACAUAAAGACUUCACAAAAUCCCUUGACUUGAAUGCCCACAUGAUUUGCCCAAGCUCUAAAACCCCAGUGGAAAUCAAAGGCCACAAGUCUUCUGCCAAGAGAAAUAGGAUGCAUGGUGAGUAUGAAAAUGUAGAAGUGGUUCCUCCCGACAUCAAAGUGGCAACCGAGAAGGCGCUGUAUGAAAACACGAAGCCAUGCAAUCUCGAGGAGCAUGUCUACGGGAAUCAAACAGAUGCCCUCUAUUAUAAUUUCCAGAAGCCUAGCCCUCCUCCUCCUGCUCCUCAAGAUGAAGACAUAUACAUCCUUCCAGAUUCCUACUAGCUUUUCAGUGGUGGAGACUCAUUGCUUUGGGUAAAACGAUCACCGGGCCUCUGGGUGGACUGGUGUCACCAUCACCAAAUUAUUCUGAUGAAAUCGGUGGUCUCUUUUCUAUCUCCACCCGUAUAAAUCCUCACUAAGAGAACCACUGUGGACAAGUUCUAGAAUCCCCCUCUGCUUUGGAUUAAGUCUAUGCUGUACUAUAUUAAUUCUUUUCUUUAGAUAUUUGCCAGUACAGCUUCCCUUCACUCCUUCUCUUAUCUUUGAGGCUCAGUGUUAUUGCCACAGUCUCCUAGCAGCUCAUCCUUCUGCUUUUGUUUUGCUGUGAUGAGAGGCUCACCCACAGCUUUUCACACACCAGGUAAGUGCUCAACCAGGGAGGCACGUCUCUAGGCAGCUCUUCUGUAUUAUGUCCAUUCAACCAACAACCUAUGAUGCAGCAAACUGACCUUCAGGAAACAUCCUAGAUUGUCAUACCAUUCUUUUGACAAAAAAAUAAUCUUGUGUCCUGUUUGCAAAAGUCAUAAAGCCCAAACCCUGAGCCCAGAAGUCAUUGUGUUUUCAGUUACUACUCCCUUUCCCAGUGAUUUCUCCUAUCCCGUGUUUCACUGCUUGCAUCAAAGCCAUCCUAAAGCUUCCAGGCCCUUCUCCCUACUCCAUGGCAUUGCUUGUCUACAUUCUGAAGCCUGUCUCAGAUUAUAACUUCUUCCAACAUCCUCUGAAUCAUGCUAAAACUGCCUUCCCUUUUUUUAGUUUCCAAUUUUCUGUAGAUUUUACUGCCUGUUCAACUAUUUGAGAAUUUAAGGAUAUGAACAUUUGCUAUGCAUCUUAUUACUAAUAUAAUACAAGAACAUCUUCCAUUGCAACCAAGUAGAAAGGAACUGUCCUCCUUUUAGCCCCAAAGAAAUUACAUGAGAAAUUUAAAAAGUUCGAUUAAUUGACGAAAACUGUACCCUGCAUUUUGUUAAGUAGUUUGGAAGAAAAUUAAUAAAUUUAC